AUCACUGGCCUUCCUCUCCAUCUCAAGGCAAUCCUUUCAGAAGAGCGGGCUACUUCUUGUGUUCACAGGAGUCACCAUGGCCUGGUCCUCCAGCCUGAAGAGCCUCCUCACAGUCUUUGUCUUUAUCAACUUGGCUGUCAGCUCUGUGGAGAGUUACCAGUGUACGGUAUAUCCAUGUGAAACUGAACCAUGUGCUGAUUGUGAGACCACUAAAGGCUGCUUCAAUCAAAUACAGAGAUUUGACACACCAUCUUCCCUGACAGAUGGAACAUUUAAACAAAAAGGAUGCAUUGCGGACUCAAACACAUGCAGUAGCCUUUCAAUCUCGGUAACCCUGGGGGAUCAACGAACAUUUACAUAUACAAACAGCUGCUGCACAACUGAAAAGUGCAACCAGGGUGACUUAACACUGCCUACACCAUCUUCCACACCCAAUGGUGUUGAAUGUCCUGCCUGCUACAAUGAGAAAGCAAAUUUAUGCUCCUCAGUUACCACCCUAAAGUGCACAGGGGAAGAGAAAAAGUGCAUUGAGGUUUCCGGCAGAGGUGUGGGAGCUUCAAAUUUAGUGAUAUAUGGGAAGGGUUGUGCAACUGAAAACUCCUGCAACCUGGAUAUGACCGUCCUCGGUAGAAUACAGAUCAAAACCGCAUGCAGCUCACCUCCUUCAAACCACGGGCACCCUACUGCCAAAUUCGUUUCAUCAUUUCUCAUUUUUCUGCUCCCGCUGAAAUUCUUGCUUUGAUCUUCUAUGAACUGGCAAUCUCACACCCCUAUGCACACGGACCCAUUGGUAUACCUGGAUGGCUACUUCUGAAACACAGAACAAAUAAAAUCUGGUGACCACUUCUCUGUUCUUUAUGUGAAAACCUGUGUCCACUUUGUAACAUUAUGAGAUACACAGAGAUGGCUAUUUCAGUAUUUCUCCUAUUCUCCUGCAUAUAUAGGACGAGAAAUCCUAGUCAGAAAAAUUAGGAAAACCAAAUCAGUAACUAAAAAAAUUUAAAACUGGAAAAAAAAAGAAUAAAUAAAGCAAAAAAGGAAGGGAGGGAAAUGUAUUCAUAUUGGAAAGAAAUUUCUGAAAGUACUAGAAAAAACAUUUGUAUGUAUGUAUGCGCAUGUCCACAUCUAUACAUGCAUGUGUGUGAUACUGGAGAGAACCCCGGACUUCAUGCUUGCUAGGAAGUAUGGCGCCCCUGAGACACAUCUCUAGACCAAGAGAAGCACUUUUCGGCGUUAGCCUAAGUGUUGUCUCUGUCUCAGUCAGGGUUUUUAACAACUUGUGGAGCAAAGGGUUUAUUUCAGCUUGGAACCCUCAGAUCUCACUCUUCGUUGCUUUUUCAUAAUCUAAAU